AGCGAAAAAAAAAGCGAAAGGAAAUUGAUGUAAUCUCCAGCAAAAGAAAACAACUCGAAGCCGAUUCAACUAAUUCAGUUGCAGUUGCGAACUCUAGCCAAACUGAUACUGAUCAUAUGGAUUUUGAACAAGAUAGUGAUUGUUCUGAAGAUUUGCCUCAAGAUUUGUUGCAUGAAGAUAACGUGCAGAGUGACCAAGAUAUAGAUAAUAUUGAUGAAUUCAAUAACGUCGAUGGUCUUCUAUAUAAUUUAGAUGAAAUACAAGAGUUAGUUUCAAAUCGUUUUCAAGAUGCAGAAAAGUCAAAUGAGCCAGUAAAAAUUAAUUUUGAAAUUGAACUAGAUUCAGCUCUUAUUGAAAGCAUUUUUCCAGAAUUCGGGUUAGAAACACAAGAUUUUGAAACCAUUAAAGAAAGCUUUCAUCAAUUAGUAAAUGUCGUAGUUCUACCGUUGGAAUAUGGAUCCGGCUAUUACUGGAACGUUCCUAAAAUGUAUCCUAAUAAAAGAAAAAAUAAGUUUGCAGGUUGUGUAACUGCGUAUCUUGAAUGUGCACAACGAAAUGAUAGAAAAUGGCAAAGGUCUGAAGAACAACCUGUUAAACGAAAAAGCGAGGCUCGUGUGUCUAUUGAGCGAUAUGACUGCUUUGGAAAAAUAAAGUUAACUAUUGAUCCCCAGCAACGACGUAUUAUUGUCCAAGGAAGUCAUCAACUAGCACAUUUGCACCCUGAGUAUAGGAAGGUUGAGUUUCCGGUAGCUGCAAAAUUAUGGAUUCGAAGUAAUAUUGAAUACAAUAUACAAAAUUCUGAGUUAUAUAGGCGUCUUCAACAUGAAAAUCUUAUCGAUGCGCAAAUACAUACCAAAGAGCAG